GCAUCUUACACACUCUUGUGGAAAUUAGUCCUUUAAACAUGCCAAUGUGAUCACGAAGAACCCAAAAUUAUUACAAGACUACAAGAAAUAUGCUUUAUGGAAAGUUAAUUGAACCUGAGGUGGGUCGUUGAGUUAUAAUAGUAGCUUUGUCACUAUUAUAAAUAUAUGACCCAUUCACCUGCAAAUACUCAUCACAAUCACAACCCUCCAAUUCCAGCGAAGAUGGCACCAAUACAAUUAUUGGAGCUUCCUAGUUGGAUCACAUUAUUGACAACAUUUGCCAUCCUCCUCCUCUUCAGCCACCGUCUCCGCCGUCGCAGCAAAUACAAUCUACCACCAGGUCCAAAACCAUGGCCCAUAAUAGGAAAUCUUAACCUUAUUGGAUCCCUCCCACAUCAAUCCCUCCAUGGUCUCACCCAAAAAUAUGGACCCAUGAUGUAUCUAUGGUUCGGCUCCAAACCCGUCAUUGUGGGCUCAACCGUAGAAUUAGCCAGAGCCUUCCUCAAAACCAAUGAUGCUGCUCUAGCCGGCCGUCCCAAAUUUUCGGCCGGUAAAUACACAACUUAUAACUACUCCGAUAUAACUUGGUCCCAAUAUGGUCCAUAUUGGCGUCAAGCCCGUAGAAUGUGUUUGUUAGAAUUGUUUAGUGCGAAACGUCUCGAGUCUUAUGAGUACAUAAGGAAACAAGAGUUACAUGCUUUUUUGCAUGAACUCUUCAAUUCGAAAAAUAAAACAAUUGUGUUGAAAGACCAUCUUACAACUUUGAGUCUAAAUGUUAUAAGUCGUAUGACGUUAGGAAAAAAAUACUUAGAAGAGACUGAAAAUGCUAUUAUUUCUCCAGAGGAGUUUAAGAAGAUGUUGGAUGAGUUGUUUUUACUUAAUGGAAUCCUUAAUAUUGGGGAUUUUAUUCCUUGGAUUCAUUUCUUGGAUUUACAAGGUUAUGUGAAGAGGAUGAAAGCUUUGAGUAAAAAAUUUGAUAGAUUCAUGGAACAUGUGUUGGAGGAACAUAUUGAAAGGAGGAAAAGUGUUAAGGAUUAUGUUGCUAAAGAUAUGGUGGAUGUGCUUUUGCAGCUUGCUGAGGAUCCUACUCUUGAAGUUAAACUUGAGAGGCAUGGAGUCAAAGCUUUUACUCAGGACAUUAUAGCAGGUGGCACAGAGAGCUCAGCAGUAACAGUUGAAUGGGCAAUCUCAGAGCUAAUAAGAAAGCCAGAGAUCUUCAAGAGAGCAACAGAGGAGUUAGACAGAGUAAUAGGAAAAGAUAGAUGGGUUGAAGAGAAAGACAUUGUGAAUUUACCUUAUGUAUAUGCAAUUGCUAAAGAAACAAUGAGGCUACAUCCAGUGGCACCAAUGUUAGUCCCACGACAAGCGAGAGAAGAUUGUCAUGUUGAUGGUUACGAUAUCCCGAAAGGAACUCAAAUUCUUGUCAAUACUUGGACAAUUGGAAGAGAUCCCAAUAUUUGGGAAAAUCCAUAUGAGUUUAUGCCUGAGAGGUUUCUUGGUAAAAAUAUAGAUGUAAAAGGACAUGAUUACGAGUUAUUACCAUUUGGCGCUGGUAGAAGAAUGUGUCCGGGUUACCCUCUUGGUAUUAAGGUCAUUCAAUCAAGUUUGGCUAACUUGUUGCAUGGAUUUAAUUGGAGAUUAAGUGAUAAUAAUGUGAAAAAUGAGGAUUUGAAUAUGGAGGAGAUUUUUGGGCUCUCUACACCUAAGAAAAUACCAUUAGAAGUUGUUUCGGAGCCUAGACUUGCUGAUCAUCUUUACUCACUUUGAGUAUAUAUUUUUCUCUACUUAAGUUUUUUAAUAAGAUUUGGCAAUAAUUGGAUUUGUUGUGUGAGUUUAAUGAGAAAGAAAUUGUAAGCAUGAUAAUGAAGAAGAAAAAAAUGAUGUUGGAAUGUUGGAGUUUAAUAAUGAGUGUAGUAGUGUAUCCCUUUGUAAGCUCUCUCUACCGGUUGUAGUAGCAUUUGUAAUGCCAAGUUAAGUUAUGUUA